ACAACAACUGAAGAAACUACAGCAUCUGAUACAGCAACUGAAGAAACUACAGAAGCUGAUACAACAACUGAAGAAACUACACCAGCUUAUACAACAACUGAGGGAACUACACCAGGAGAUACAACAACUGAAGAAACUACACCAGCAGAUACAACAACUGAAGAAACUACAGCAUCUCAUACAGCAACUGAAGAAACUACACAAGCUUAUACAACAACUGAGGGAACUACACCAGCUGAUACAACGACUGAAGAAACUAAACCAGCAGAUACAACAAAAGAAACUACACCAGCGGAUACAACAACGGAAGAAACUACACCAGCUGAUACAGCAACAGAUGAAAUUACCCAGGCUGAUAUAACAACGGAUGAAACUACACCAACAGAUACAACAAUAAAAGAUACUACACCAGCUGAUGCAACAACAGAAGAAACUACACCAGCUGAUACAACAACUGAAGAAACUACACCAUAUUACACAACAAAGAAAUUGACUACACCACUGAUACAACGACUGAAGAAACUACUCCUGAUGAUACAACAACUGAAUUCACUGCACCAACUGUUACAACAACCGAAGAAACUACAUCAGCUGACACACCAGCUGAUGCCACAACUGAAGUAA